AGCUUAAAACCCUUCUCUCCCGUUUACUUCUUCCGAACCUCAAACCCCCCCUCUCUCUCUCUCUCUCUCUCUCUCAUCCUGCCGGAUCUGUAAAUUGUUCAGCAAGUUGAGGUUUCUAUCUAUUUUUUCUCGUUUUCUCGGAAACCGAGAUUCAAUUCUUUGGUUUCUUCUAUCUGAUCUGUAAGGUAAAGGAAUUUUAGGGUUUCUCCUUUGAUUUGAUAUAUUUAUUCGUACGCCGGCGAGGGAUUCUUGAUUGUUCUUUUUUCUCCCUGAGAAAUUGUUGAGGAAACUGAGGAUUUUUAGAACUCGAUUUUUUUUCCCAAAUUUCUUUGAGGUUUGAGUGACGAAUUCUAGUCUUCGAAAGAAGUGGCUCUGGGAUCCUUUAUUUGCUCUGCUUCGCUGAUAGUACAAGUUUGAAAAAGAAAGAAACGACUUUUAGGAGGAUUUCUUUCUUGUGGUUCUCAGAUCUGCAGGAAAAUAUCAUCUAGGUUUGUUUUCUAGAUGGCUUCGGGAGGGUCGUCGUACUGGUGCUACAGAUGCAGUCGAUUUGUUAGGGUUUGGUCUCGAGACACCAUCGUUUGCCCCGAUUGUGAUGGGGGAUUUAUUGAAGAAGUCGAGAAUCUGUCCCGAUCUGCACAAACAGACGGUAGACGCCGUCGAUUUCCUGCCGCUGCGAUGUAUAUGCUCGGGAACAGGCCGAAUUCGGAUCAGAAUACGAAUUUAGGGUUUCGCCGUAGCCGAAGGAACGGUGGCGACCGGUCGCCUUUCAAUCCGGUUAUUGUCCUCCGGGGUCCAGCUGAUGGUGGUGGCACAGAAGGAGGUAGUGGUGAGAGGGCAAGCUUUGAGCUUUACUAUGAUGAUGGCGCGGGUUCCGGCCUUCGACCCCUGCCCGCAAGUAUGUCAGAUUUCUUGAUGGGGUCAGGCUUUGAUCGUCUUCUUGAUCAGCUCGCUCAGAUCGAGAUAAACGGGGUUGGGCGCUGUGAGCAUCCUCCGGCGUCGAAGGCUGCCGUUGAGUCGAUGCCGACUAUUGAGAUUGUAGCUAGCCAUGUUGUCACCGAAUCCCACUGUGCUGUCUGCAAGGAACCCUUUGAGCUUGGGUUAGAGGCCCGCGAGAUGCCGUGUAAACACAUCUACCAUUCAGAUUGCAUCCUCCCAUGGCUUUCUCUUCGAAAUUCUUGUCCCGUAUGCCGCCACGAAUUGCCUACAGAUGUGCGCGCCAGAGGCUCCCCGGAGUCCGACGGUGGUCAAGAUUCGCGGUCUCCGGGGGCAGCCGAAGAGGACACCGUAGGUUUGACCAUAUGGAGGCUCCCUGGUGGUGGUUUUGCAGUUGGAAGGUUUUCCGGGGGUAGGCGAGCUGGCGAACGUGAGCUCCCCGUUGUUUACACGGAAAUGGAUGGUGGGUUUAAUACGGGCGGUGCACCCCGGAGGAUUUCUUGGACUUCUAGGGGUAGCAGGUCGAGAGAGAGUGGUGGAUUGAGCCGUGUGUUUCGCAAUUUCUUCUCCUUCUUUGGAAGAUUAAGAUCUUCAUCUUCUUCUCAUCAUGAUUCAGAGUCCAGAGUCACUCGUAGAAGUCAUUCAACUUCCGUUUUCAACAGAACCUCAAGAAGGCGCAGCAGCAGCAGCAGCAGAGCCUGGACCCUGGAAGAUAACAGUGGAAUUGCGAGAUGGUGAAUUUUGGUUGGAUGGACUGGGGAAGAUUGAAGGGUCUCCUACUUAUGUUUCUUGUUCUCUGCGCGGUCCUCUAAUCGCGGCACUGGUUCUUGUUAUGUCAGGAAAGGAAAUAUCUUUAUAAGAAGCAUGGUGUUAAGCACCGUAAAUAGCAAAAAAAAUGAGAAAAAGGAAAUGAAGAACUUCCCAAUUCAAAUUUGGUUGGAGCUUGGAAGAGAACAAUUACUCCAUUUGGAUGGAGUAUAGGGAGGUACAAUUUCAUCUCAGCUCAGAUGGUUUUUUACUGCCUCAAAUUUGCAGCAACAGAAUCAAAUUUAUUGUGAAGAAGGAUGAGAAGGUUUUCGUGCAAUUAGAAGAUGGGGCCUGCUAAACGAAGGAAGGUACAAGCUCUCGUGUACCAGACAGACUGCAUAGUUGAAACUUGAAAGCAUUCAUUAUUUUUAACAACAUUACAUUCUGUAUGAAUUGAAUCCUACUAUUCUGUUUAUAAUUUAUUCCCUAUUCUGUAAUCUAUUAGCUUAGUCGUGGGUAUGAAUAUUUGCAACUUUUGAGCUGUGUCAAUCUUUAUGAGGCCAACAUCUUUGUUCCAAAACCUCCAUGAAUGUAUUUUAUCGGAUGUCUCCGAAGAGACAACCUCCUUGAA